CUGUUAUGCCAUAAAUCGGGUGACAAUUAGCGGCCAAAUCGGUGUCCAAUAAUGUCAGACAGAGUGUUGUCAUCCAUGUCUUCGGGCGCAUCACUGCCGCCAUUGCCUCCAAUGCCUGCCAUCGCCGGCGAUGGCAUCGAAUCCAAUGGUCUGCUCUCUCCAAGAGUUCAGUUGGCGCUCAUAAUCGGCGCACCGGUUGUGUUGGGAACCGGUCUUUGUCUCUAUUACUACUACUAUCGCCACAAACCCGAUGACAAGGGGAGCGACAGGAAAGGCAACUCAACUAAACCCAAGACCAUUGCCAACAAUGAACCCAAUCUAGAGGAUCCGCUGCAGCGGGCGAUUCACGUGAAGAAUUUGGGCAAUAAAUUCUUCAAAGACAUGAAAUAUCGAGAAGCGAUCGAUUGCUAUACGAAAGCCAUCAGAGAGUGUCCGACCAAUAAAGAGGAAGAGUUGGCCACUUUCUACCAGAACAGAGCCGCCUGUCAUGAGAUGCUGAAGAUGUACGAAGAGGUGAUCGACGACUGCGAUAAAGCUGUUGAACACAACAAACGUUAUAUCAAAGCAUUGGUCCGCAGAGCCAAAGCUUACGAAUCUUUGGGUGAUAUGAGUAGCGCUCUGUUCAACAUCACUGCUGUCUGUAUUCUGGAACAGUUUGGUAAUCAGCCCAACCUCUUGAUGACUGAUCGCCUGCUUCGGGAACAAAGCAAACUAAAAGCCAAAGCGCUGUUUAGAACUCGGAGCCCACGCCUGCCGUCCGAGCACUUCAUUGCCCACUAUUUCAUGUCGUAUUCCAACGAUCCUAUACUCAAGAGUUGCGAACCCAAAGACAUUAUCAAUCAUUUGGAAACUCUUCGUCUAAAACAAAACGAAUCCAAUAAAUCAUUGCAGGAAUUCCUUCUCUUAAAUGGAACGCUUGAGAUAUUGAAGGGUAAUAUCGAAAGCGGCGAAAAGGAGUUGGAAAAACUUAUCAAUUUAGACGAUUGUGAGAUUGAUAUCAAAGUGAAUGCAUUGAUUAAAUUGGGAACAAUUAAAGUGCAAGAGAUUGGCCGCGAAGACAGUUUCAAUUUGGCGCUCGAGUGUUUCGAGAGAGCAAUCAAAUUGAAUGACAAGAAUCCAGACAUUUAUCUCCAUAGAGCACAGAUCUAUCUAUUGUCUGAACGAGUGGAGGACGCCUACAAAGACUUAGAGCUUUGCUGUCAAUUGAAUGAUACAUUCGCCUCGGCUUUCGCUCAAAAACUAUACGUUCAGUUCCGGUGUGGCGUCAGAUAUAACGACGACUCCACUACCAAUAAAGCGCUCAAAGGUUUUGAGACUGCGAUUAAGAAAUUUAGCGAAUCGAGUGAAUUGUUCUCACUUUACGCUCAAGCAUUGAUGGAAAAGGGAAACUUUGAAAAGGCCGAGGAAUACUUCAGUAAAGCCAUUGAAAAGGAUCCCAAAGACGGCAACCUUUAUGUUCAUAAAGGAAUCCUAUUCUUGAAUUCCAGUAACGAUGUGGACAAAGCCAUCAAAUUAUUGGAGGAGGGCAAGACGGCGGACCCCACGUGUCAGUUCGCGUACGAGAUGUUGGGCAGUAUAGCGGUUCAGAAGGGCUUUCUGGCCGACGGUAUCGCGCAUUUUGACUGUGCGCUGGAUUUGGCGCAAACAGAACUGGAUUGCGCUCAUCUCUACUCACUUAGAGAUGCGGCCGAAGCCCAGCAAAAGGCAACAAAACUACUCGAUAUAGAGUUACCAUCCAAUCUGUAGAUGACUAUAACGGACACAUCAAUUGCUUUUUUACCUACAUUUUCACGUAUAUAAUGACCAACGGAUUAAUUUGUAAUUUCAAUUAAUAGAUUAGCGUAUAUUUUAUUAAAUAUUAAUUAUGGUUUUAUAAUUUGAUUAAUAAAUUAAUUUGUUAGUAAAUGGACACCUCUUUUUUGAGAGAUACACACAUUAAUUGCAUGAUUUGAAUGCUUUAAACUUUAAAGCGAUAUCAAGUUUAUACUAAAUUGUAUUUAACUUAAUGUUUUUGUGCGAAUAACUCAUUUUAAAUAAGGGCAUAUGACUGACAACC